AUGAAUGGUUUUACUCAAAUCUGGACAGGUGAGAAUGAUUUCCGUAUCUGCCUCCGUGAAAGUUUCCCAAACGUUAAAACUCGACGAUUAUCCCGUGCACAUUGGUCACUAUUACGCCGUUUGAUGGGGAAGCCGCGUCGUUGUUCUACUGCAUUUUUCGACGAAGAACGUCGUUCGCUAAACGAAAAACGAGAGAAAAUACGUACUCUGCAAACCACGCGUUCCGUUCAGCUGGAGUUCUUAAGAGAUUUACCAGAUGAUAUGCAUGUCCCUAUGCCUUUAAUAAUUGGGACUAAAAUAACAGCCAGGUAA